AUGAGCUUUGUCCAGCCCAAUAGAUCCUCUGAUUUCACAGCAUUCAAUGGAGAUCAAAUGAAGGGGGGUUCGAGUUAUUCUCGCCGUUGCCACUGUCUUCCAGCGAACAGUGUACAUCAUCCAAUAGUGACUGCCCUAUCAGCCAUGCUAGUCAACCCUCAAAUCCCUUUCUUGGUCUGCCCCUUGAAUCUGGUAAAUGUGAAUCUUGUGGUACUGCUGAACCUGGGCAAUGUGAAGAAAACUUUGAGCAAAUUGGAAGGAAGCCUUAACACUAUCAAAGCUGGUGCUAAAAGAAGGGAGGAAAUAUACAAGUCAAAAGUAAAGUACUUUGUGAAGAAGGGGAAGCCGUACAUCUGGUUUUUCAGGUUUGCAUUUUAUGUUUGGUUACUGGAAAAUGAAAUAGAAGAAGAUGAAUUGAGGUCUACCUUGCAAGUUUUGUUGGAGAUGGCAGAGGAAUGCUUAAAGCAUGCAAAUGACUUGAGUGGUUUGUUAUUACUGUAUUCUUCUCUUGGAGAUGCUGAAGGAAUUUCAGAACUUGCAUCUAUUGCCAAAGAGAAUGGAAAAAACAAUGUUGCAUUCCUGUGUCUAUUUAUGUUGGGUAAAUUGGAAGAUUGUCUGCAGCUACUGGUUGACAGGUAA